GUCGCUGCCACCCGGCCAUGGAGCGACCGUCGCUGCGCGCCCUGCUCCUCGGCGCGGCCGGGAUGCUGCUCCUGCUACUGCCCCUCUCUUCCUCCUCCUCCUCCUCCUCGUUCGUCUGCGGCCCCUGCGUGCGGGAGAAGUGCCCAGCCCUGCCCCCCGGGGGCUGCCAGCUGGGUGAGACCCGCGAUCAGUGCGGCUGCUGCCCGCUGUGCGCCCGGGGCGAGGGCGAGCCAUGCGGGGACCGGGGCUCGGCGGGCAUGCGGUACUGCGCGCACGGCAUGGAGUGCGUGAAGAGCCGCAAGAGGAGGAUGGACAAGGCCGGGUCAGCGCUGGGCAGCAGCCGCAGGAUGAGCGGCGUGUGCGUGUGCAAGACCCGCUACCCCGUGUGCGGCAGCGACGGCACCACUUAUGCCAACGCGUGCCAGCUGCGCGCCGCCAACCUGAAGGCCGAGUUCCUGGGCAAGCAACCCAUCACGCAGGUCAGCAAGGGCCCCUGCGAGCAAGGUCCUUCCAUUGUGACACCCCCCAAGGACAUCUGGAAUGUCACUGGUGCCCGGGUGUACUUGAGCUGUGAGGUCAUUGGAAUCCCAACACCCGUGCUCAUCUGGAACAAGGUAAAAAGGGGUAACUAUGGGACUCACAGGACCGAGCUAUUGCCUGGAGACAAGGACAACCUGGCUAUUCAGACCCGCGGAGGUCCAGAGAAGCAUGAAGUCACCGGCUGGGUGCUGGUGUCUCCUCUCACUAAGGAAGAAGCUGGUGAAUAUGAGUGCCACGCGUCUAACAGCCAGGGAGAAGCGUCAGCUUCGGCAAAGAUCACAGUGGUUGAUUCCUUACGUGAAAUACCUGUGAAACAAGAUGAAGCUGCUGAGAUAUAAACCUGCAGAAUAUACUAGCUACAAGUCCUCUAAGAGUUCACCUGUAACCCUAUUCCUGCCUAAUAACAGAUUUCUUUAAUCCAACCCACUAACACUUCAGUUAUAUUCUCUGGUUUCACAUAGUGAAAUCAAAUCAAAGAAAACACAUCAAGACUAUCUACAAAAAUUUAUUGUUUAUUUACAGAAGGAAAAGCAUGCAUAUGUUUAAACAAAACAAAUAAAAUGUUUAUCACAAUA